CACCACGAGCGCUCUCUCCACACACAGCAACGGGAACUACAAAUAGGUUUUUUUAAAUGACGAACAGCAACGUAAUCACGGCGGUCAUACGACGGGUUAGGAGGCUCAGCGCCACCAUGGCGCCGCUUGAAGGAAACGAUGCCGAGCUUGGGAUUAGUAGGCAUUCACGACGGCGUCUCAAGAGAGUCAAUAGUGGCAAUGAAGCGCGAGGCCAAUCGACGACGUCAUCUGUUGCAGCAGUGCCCCUAUACGGCUCGACAACCUCGUUGUCCUCAAGCCCAGAAAGAAUACGGGGAAACAAUUCGUCUACGCUGUUGAAUCGCGUACCUGAGGACGGAACUAUGGAUUUUAAUGGACGUGAAUUAGUGCCGCCCGCAGAUGUGGCUCAGGUUGAAGACGAGGACUCUGCGGAGGAGGAGGAGGAAUUGGCGUUGGAAGAAGAGUUGGCUGAACGUGGCCUGUAUCGCGCUUUGUACACAUUCACGCCGUUCACUUCAAUUCUAACCCUCAUCCUGCUCGCAUUUCUUCCAUCCCUCGCAUUCACCAGUACCCCCUCAACCCCACGCUACUCAUACGUCCCCUACCUCCCCUUCCCCUUCCCCGAAAUAAUCGUUUCCACAGCCCUCUGGUCCCUCUCACACAUCCUCCGAGACGCCUUCUUCCUCUUCGCCGCACUCCUCGCAGUCCCUUUUGGCUCAUACACACCCCCAUUGACCACCAUCCUCUCAACCAUCUUCCAAACCGUCUUUUCCGUCUUCCUCCAACAAAUAUCAAUCCCACUCCUCCUCAUCACGCUCAGCCCGGCGUUUAGCUAUCCUACAUGGGAAGAUUUCGCGUUCAGACGAGUGUGGUGGCUCGCGCUGGGGUGGGCGGCUGCGGAGGGAAUAGCGGGUAUAAAGCAAGGCUAUGAAGCCAUCGCGUUGUAUCGCGACGUACUCGUCAUUGCACGCAGAGUUACCGACUCUGUACCCAGCAGAAAACCGCCAAACGAACAACAAAAUGCACUAAUUUUGGAGACGGAAGAGUCCCCUCGUACAAUUACCGGGCUCCCUUCUUCGUCUGAGCAGCAGUAUAGAAUUGGCCUGGACACCCUUGCGUUGGAGGAGGAGGAAGGCGAACGAAGGCCAUUGCUUCCACGUAACGGGACGGGAAAGUACCCCUCCAGCGACGAACUCCGCUUGGAAGUCGAGCGCGAUCUUGACCAGCUUAUCGCUAUCAGGAACAGGGAGGAGCUGGAAGAGGUUUACGGGAUGCCAAUGAUCUUCAAGUUCAAGUUCGAUACCCUUCAAACCGACCUUGCACAGAACCAACCGACCCAUCAUCAUCACCUUGACCUGCGUCAUCCUCGUUCGUCUUUUCUUAUCGUUCCUGCACACUACUUGGAUCUUGCCACGUAUUGGGGUACAUACGUUUGUGUAUGGAUUUUCUUUCUUGGGUUGGGAGUUUGGGAGGCACUUAUUUGA